AUGUUCCCCUACUAUCAGAACGUCGGUGGUGUUAAUUCCUGUCUGGUUGACUACCUCCUUGCCACGUCAUGUUCCUGCUACGAAUUCAUCGCCUUUACAGAAACAUGGCUAAACGACCGCACCUUAUCCAGUCAAAUUAUCGGCCCAGGCUAUGUAGUGUUUCGUUGCGAUCGAAGCCCCCUGAACAGCAAAAAUUCAACUGGAGGCGGAGUUUUACUUGCUGUAAAGUCCAGAUUUACGGCUCAGCUGAUCGAAGACAGUUCCUGGAACGAUUUGGAACUUCUUUGGGCUCGCAUUGAUCUCGGUGACCGGAAACUGUACCUAUGCGUAGUGUACGUGCCUCCUGAUCGCUCUACUGACCUUGUUGUAGCUGAGUCUUUCUCGCACUGCCUCUCCAAAAUAAGCUCAAUCUGCUCUCCCGAAGAUGACAUACUUGUUAUCGGUGAUUUCAACAUGCCUGUCUUAAAAUGGUGCCCCUCCCACGGUGCCUUUUUGUUCCCAGAUCCUAUGCGCUCCUAUUUCUCGGCUCCUUCCAACAUCUUUCUGGACUCUUUGAGCACCGCGACUCUUCGCCAGAUCAACAGCUUCGAAAACGAAAACGGCCGUACGCUAGACCUCUGCUUCAUAAACGAAGGCUUCAGGAAUCCGACUAUAGGUUUUGCUCCCGCCCCUCUCGUCAAAGUUGUUUCCAAUCAUCCAGCUUUAGUGGUCUCAAUCGAUGUCACUGACAUUAACGCCCCCGUAGAGGAAACUGCUUCUUUCUACCAGGACUUCAAAAACGUCGACUACGAAUCUAUCUCACUUGUCCUGGAUUCUAUCGAAUGGGAGAGCGAGCUCGAUCUUUCUAAUCCCAAUGCUGCCGCUGCGACUUGCUCAAACAUACUGAACUACAUAAUCGAUCGUCAUGUUCCGAAACGAAGCUUACCGUCCAACCCACGAGCUCCCUGGGUCCCUAAUCAACUGCGACAAUUGAAGACGGCUAAAAACCGUGCUCUUCGAUACUUCAGCAAGCACAAGUCCCUCUGCACAAAAGAAGAAUACCGCAAGCUAAACACGGCAUACAAAAAAAGCAGCAGGCGUUGCUACCAGAACUAUCUUCACCGGCUACAGCGCAAUUUUAAGACCAACCCGAGAUCUUUCUGGAAGUAG